AAAUUUAGUUUUUAGAGUGAACUAAACAAGGCCUAAGCAAGGCCUUUUACAAGACCACGUUACAUUCGGGUCCAUCUUGCACAGUGGCCCACCCAUUCGGGCGGUCAGGAGCGCACUACUUCCACACGCCUUUCCUCCUCUGCCGGCGAGUCACCACCGACGGCUAGCCAUGUCCGCCUCCGCCGAGCCCACCUCUCCGCCUCAACCGACGGCGCAGGUCCGCGGGAGCCUCAUCCCGGCGCUUCCAGACGACUUGGCCGUUCACUGCAUCGCGCUCCUCCCGCGCGCUGCGCACCCAUCCCUGGCCCUCGUCUCCCGCGCGUUCCACGCCCUCCUGUGCCGCCACCCGGAGCCCCUCCUCGCCGCGCGCCGCGCACUCCGCCGCUCCGAACCCCACGUCCUCCUCUCCCUCCGCCCACCCUCCUCCGCGUCCCCUCUCUUCUUCCUCCUGCUCCCGCACCCCGGGUGGCCCCCUCUCCCGCUCCCCUCCCCUCCAGUCCCCGUCUCGUCCUCCGCGUCCGCCGCCACCGACGGCACCCGGCUCUUCCUCGUCGGUGGAUCCGUGUCCGCAGUCCCCGCUGCGUCCGUGCAGAUACUGGAUCCCCGGGCCAGAUCCUGGUCCGUCGGCCCGCGCCUGUCCUCUACGCGGGAGUUCGCCGCGGCCGUCGCGCACUCCGGGGCGCUGUUCGUCGCCGGCGGCUGCGUCCCCUCGUCCCCCUUCUGGGCGGAGGCUCUCGACCUCUCCACCCCGAACGCGAAGUGGAGACCUGUCGCCAGCCCGGCCCACCUCCGCGAGAAGUGGAUGCACGGCUGCGCGUCACUCGCCGGGAAGGUCCUUGCGGUGGCGGACCGUGGUGGGUUGGCAUACGAUCCUGCGGCGCCACCUGCGGAGGCGUGGGCGCCGGUGUCGCCGGUGCUUGACAUGGGAUGGAAGGGCCGAGCUGCGGUGGUUGAAGGAAUCCUCUACUCUUACGAUUACCUGGGGCAGGUCAAGGGCUAUGAUCCGGACACUGAUUCGUGGAGCACGGUGGAGGGGUUGGAGAGGGAGCUACCGAAGUUCUUGUGCGGCGCCACCCUUGCCAAUGUUGGAGGAUUGCUCUACUUGGUUUGGGAAGGAAAGUGGAAAGGGAAAGGAAAAGGUAAGGGGGAAGUGAGGAGCAUGGUGGUGAUCGAAUGGGCUAGCAUUCAGAUUACAAGGGUUGAUGAGGGACGGCUAAGAGGAAAGCUGGUCUCUAGGGACACUGUUCUGUUCCCAGAUGUGCCAAGAGGUUCAACGAUCACACAUUGCAUUGCAUUGGAGUUGUGAUGCAGUAGUGCAGUUGCAGGGAUAUUGCCGUGGUGGUGUCACCUGUGAUUAAUGCUUCUACUAGAGGGAUUUCAUAAAGUUGAUCCAGAUAGAAUGGAAUGGGCCAAUGAAGGUUCUGUUAAGGGCUAAAAACAUCUUCUGAAGAUCAUCAAGAGAAAGAAGAAAUCCUCUCAGGAUGCACAUAGUGAUCUGCAGCCGGCCUCUGGCAAAACUGCACCUGGCACUGAGGCCUUGUUUAGUUUCCAAAAAAUUUUGCAAAAUUUUUCAGAUUCCCCGUCACAUCGAAUCUUUAGACACAUGCAUGAAGUAUUAAAUAUAGAUAAAAAUAAAAACUAAUUCCACAGUUUGGUCGAAAUUGACGAGACGAAUCUUUUGAACGUAGUUAGGCCAUGAUUGGACAAUAUUUGUCAAAUACAAACGAAAGAGCUACAGUGUCGAUUUUGCAAAAUAUUUUGGAACUAAACAAGGCCUGAGAAUACUGAGAUAGGAAAAUAUGGAGGCCUUGAAGAAGAGGUUGAGAGUUGGGACACUUAAGAGGGACAAGGCCCUUUUAAUGCAGGACUGUCAGAUGGAAUCACAACAGAACUGGAAAAGUCCUCAAUGUGGACCGUACUAAUUGACAUUUGUGACGAACGGAAUCCUGAGACUGGCCAGGUUAGCCACCAUUGGGAACCUGAAGACCAUCGGGAUUGCUCGGAAUCCAGUAUAUUGAUUAAUACUAAAAAAAAAAUACAGUAACACAUGUUGGCUAUACAGGAUUUUGCUUUCCUUGUUAGCUCGUUUAAGGCAAUAGGACAGUUUUUUUUUCUGUCCCAGGUCUCGUUGUCCUAGUCUCCUAGCACACCCCAUAACACAAGGUAACAUUGACCAUGUUGUGUAUUUGUGAGAGGGAAAGAAAAACAGCUUUACCCAUAAAACUUUUCUAGGAAUAAGUGUGUGGCCAAAAAAAAACUCACUGUACCAAAACAGGCUCUCUCUUGUAAGUCUUUUUGAACAAUAACACGGUCUUAGAAAGCA